GACAAAGAUGAUGAUGAUGAUGAUGAUGAUGAGGUGGAGGAGGAGGCGAGGGGGACCGUGGGCGAGCGGUAGCGGGCAGUGGCAGGCAGGCAGUGUCGGCGCGGGGCCCUGCGAGGCUGGUUGUGUCUGUCGGUGCCGCGGUCACAAGUGGCGAGGAGUGUGUGUGCAUACCUCCCGCGCUCGCCACUACGACCUCCUCCACCACCACCACCACUACCAGGCCGCCGCCUCCUGCCUCUUCCCCUCCUCAGUGAGAUCCUCCAGUCAUCUCUUUCACCACACUUCUCCGCCCUCCAGUGCACUCCAAAGGGCAUGCAAAAGGCUACAUAAAAGCACCGCAGCGCCGCCACCACCACUACCACCACCGCCGCAGCCGCCACCUCCAUUCUAUUACCACGUUCGUUGACUUGGAAGCAAAAAGGAAAAAUAAGUUAUAAACGGAAUGAGAGUGUAAAGAAGAGAUUUCAUUACUAACAACCAGGACGGAAAAAGAAACAAAACAAAACGAGAGAGGGAAAUAUCUCAACCUAAGCGUCUGUUUGUCUGUCAGUUCGUCUGUGCUCGCUGGACUGGCUAGGCAAAGUAUCUUGGUUAACAGGUGAAUAACUGCUGCCCAUCCACCAAGAAGUGAUUACUGAGAUGGACGUGAGAGGGGAGGCAGGGAGGAAAGGAAGGAGGAGGAGGAGGAGGUGAGUCAACACCGAAGGAAAGCGAGAAGAGGAGGAGGAAGAAGAGGGAGAGGAGAAGGGUGGGAGAGAGUAAGGUAUUUUGUCCCUAGCCAGUACUCCUAUGCCGGUCCCCUCGCCAGCUGCACUCUCAAGGCACUCAACACUGACAGACACGCGAAGUCUCGAGUGAUGCCUCCGCGGCUCAGAGACGCCUGGGUUCUGUUCCUGCAGCACUCGAGGGCCGCAGAAGAGAAUGGCUGCCUCAAGAGAUCCGUGGAGCAGCUGGCAAAAACCAUGAAUGAGUCAAGGAAAACAAGAAAAGAAUAAAAUAGAAAUCUAAACCAAAAAAAAACAACAAAUGGAGACAAAACUAGAAACAUACCAACAAAUUAAGAGAACGUCGUGAAUGAAAGAAAAACAAAACAAAAAGUGGAAACAAUACGCUAACACUUGAAAACAUGAAACAGGAAGAAGUGAAAAGCAAACCAAGGCAUUAUGAAUAAGUGAGCUAAGAGAUGGAGGAGUGCCACAGUCAUAACCAUUGAAAACUGCAAACUGGAGUGUGUUGACCAUCGGCCGCAACCAUGCCAGCCAUCAGCGACACAGGCGACGACCCGAUCGCCUAUCCAGACCCUGAACUUGACCCGGAGGUGAAUGGAAUAGACAGAGGAGGAGGAGGAGGAGAGGGAAUAGUGCCAAUGGAGGAGGAGGAGGAGGACGGACUUCACCUCCAUCCAGACGAACUGAGUCAGUUUCGGACAAUCAUGUGGAAUCGUUUCAUGGAACAAUCCACAGUCAUUGUCAACGCCACGAACGACGACCAGAAAGUGCUGCGCUGCUUUGAACAGUUCGUGACGUCCUUCAUUGAGCCUGACUUCGGUGGCGCGGGGAAAGGGGCGUGUCCAGUCAAGUUCGACGGCGUAUCCUGCUGGCCACAGACGCCCCCCGGCACGCUCCGAGUCAUCCCCUGCUUCGAGGUGUUCAACGGCGUCUACUACGACCCCUCAGAAAACAACGCCACCCUCUACUGCUACGCGAACGGAACGUGGUCAAGUCGCUCCUUCUACGACUAUUGCCUCAACGCCAUCACCAACCCGCCCGGCAGCCACGUCAGCGCCUCCGUCAGCACCACACAAACUAUCUUCUACGUGGGCAACUCCCUCAGCCUGGCAGCCGUGGCCCUCGCUCUCUGGAUCUUCAUGUCGUUUAAGGACCUGAGGUGUCUACGCAACACCAUCCACACCAACCUGCUCUUCACCUACCUGCUGCACAACCUCUUCUGGAUCAUCUACGCCUCCGUCAAGGGUCUGGUAGCCGCCCCUGUCGGUUGCGGCUUCUUCGUCACCCUCAUCUACUUCACGCUCACCAACUUCAUGUGGAUGUUUGUUGAAGGUUUCUACCUCUACAUGCUGGUGGUCAAAACGUUCUCGGUUGAAAACAUCAAAUUGAGAGUCUACACGCUCAUAGGAUGGGGUGUUCCGGUUCCCAUAAUGGCGCUCUGGGUCAUACUUAAGUCCCAGCUUGCCGUCAGCCAUGAGGGGACGGAGCUGGAGGCGGUAGCGGUGGCGGGGCAGGAGCUUGAGGGCCUCAUCAGGACGUGCCCAUUGAUGCCCGCGAGCCACUUCGACUGGUUACACAAGGUUCCCAUUCUCGUGGUGCUCUCCCUCAACCUGCUCUUCCUGGCACGCAUCAUGUGGGUCCUCAUCACCAAGCUGCGGUCAGCCAACACGGUGGAGACACAGAGGUCCCGCAAGGCCACCAAGGCGCUGCUGGUGCUCAUUCCGCUGCUGGGCCUCACCUACAUGCUGCUCAUCGCCCUGCCGCAGGAGCUGGAGCACGUGCGGGCCGUCCUUCUCUCCACGCAGGGCUUCUGGGUGGCGUUAUUCUACUGCUUCCUGAACAGCGAGGUGCAGAACAGCAUCAGACACCACAUAGAGAGGUGGAAGACUGCCCGCGGCCUGGCUGACCCCCGGUGUCAGUCCGUCAGACACAGGGACGGCUCGCCGCGCCCCAAGACUGACUGCUCAAGUUACGGUCGCCGGCUGUUCGGAGGCAAGAGGGAGUCCCUGUGUUCAGAAGUGACCACAAUGACAACAGUCGUGGCCAAUGGAUACAACCCAGUCAGCACCCAAACCACCACCACCACCACCGCUGCACCCAACACGCUGCCGCUGCCUCAGGUUCAGCAGCCUUCUAUUCCUAUGGGUCACCUCAGCUACAGGAAUUCAACGGCGGGGAUCAGCGAGGAGACAGACCCUAAGAUAACAGUCAAGGAUUCACUACUGUAAAAAAAAGUAAUAACAAGAGAAUACAAAAUAAGCAGAAUGAAAGACUGGCACGAGAGCAGAAGGGAACAAUCAUCACAGACGGGACAAAAAUUAAGCCGCGUGUUUUUUUUUUUUAUUAUGAUCUCUGCGUGUUUGUGCAUUGAAGCAGUGAAUUGAGUUCCACGGGCAAGGCUGCUACCUGUCUUGGUUGCGUCAUUACCUAGGAAUCAACAAGUGAACAAAAGAUAACAAGGGCACUUGAAAGGACGAGACACAACAGCCUUGCCAUGACAACUGCCGCCGUUGCCAAGGUAGUCACGGGUGAAAACAAAUAUAUACAACAAAAUAAAACACUUGUCUUCACCACCACCACUACCACCACCAUUACCAUCACCACCACCGCCACCAUAACAACAACAACAACAACUGCAGUGGUUGCCCGAACGAUUGAAUACACAAGCAUGGAAGCAAAUAAGUAAAUAAAACGCAUUUUUGCCAGCGCAGUUAUCGACAGCAUCGGUGGUGGUGGUGGUGGUGGUGGUGGUGGUGGUGGUGGUGGUGGUGCGAGAAUGCAUCAGCGGCAGGGUGGAGGGUCGGGGCGAGGCGGGGAAAGUGAGGUGAAGUAAGGCAGGGUGCACCGAGGCGGACAGGAACAAGACAAACUUCCGUAUUUCAGGCGACGUGGCGGAACUCUACAUGAGAGGAAGAGUGACCGAGGCAGCGGCGGCGAUUACCGAAGUGUGUGAUGAACUGAGACUUCCGGUGUAUACAUGAGAGGCUUUGAGAAGUAUGAGGCUACUUUCCUGAUGCACAUGUGACUAUAAAACACGUAGUGGUGACUGUACGUACAUGUGCUGAAGAAAGAGGUGCUUAAUUUCAAACGAUUCCAAGAUACAGACGUGUACAAGUAACAGUGUUAAUAACGGGAUGAUCUAAAUGUGUGUACGGAUCUAAAUGUGUGUCUGGAGCUGCUUUGCUGAAUAUAUACACGAGUGCAGGCAUAGCGUCUUCUGGAAGUAGCCCGUAAUCAGAGCCGGCGGGAACGUGAAGGUUUGUCAGUGGUGCGCAACACACAUGUUCAGCAAACACAGGAACUCAACACAGACACAAAACGGACAACAAAUACAAGCACAUACAUGUACAAUAUAAAGAAGUACAUACACACGCACACACACAAGCAAGCACACGCACACACUGGAGAAUGCCUGCACUGUGCUGCUGAGAUGGAAAAAUUCGCAAGCUUCAAAAUAUAAAGGAAGAGCACUUUGUUUCCACGCACCGAGCAUUCAUGGCUCACAAAAAUAAACGCUGUCUCUACGUGCAUGUACAAAAUUCACAUGUACGUAAAGUGAAAGAAAGAAAAACAUGGCAAUAUAAAAUCACGGAAAAUGUGUAUUGAUGAGUCACGUGUGUAGCAGGGAAUAGCACAUCACACACUCAACACCCACACGUCAUCGCCACCAAACAUCCACCAAAGAUGACAAGCUAAAAAAUACUCCAUUGACUGAAACACCCACGUCCUCCGGUGCAGCGCUGCCUCAGAAAAGAUCGACAAGAAACGUGAUAAACCGCAGCUCUGCCAGGCGAGAGAGCGCGAGGACAGAGCACACCACUAACACUACCACCACCACCACCAUAACCACCGCCGUCGCCACUGCCGCCGCCGCCGCCGCCACUACUCACGCACCUAAAGAGGAAAAUUGUGGCUGUCGCUGCUGUUGCGCGUGUUGUGAGUGUGUCGGUGUGUGUUUCCGAUCCCUGGACAAGGAUGUCGCUUUAUUUUUACUGAAGAGCUUGCGGAAAACCUGAGCUGUGCGGGACACGAGACAAGGGUGACGUUCAGAGGAAACAUAUCAGCACCAGAAGCCCCGACCUCACGGAAAUAAAACUCGCGAUGGUGCAAUGGUGAGGAAGCAACACAUGAAAUAUAAGUUGCUGGAGAGACUAAUUCGCCGCUUUUUCUUGUGUAUGUGUUUACUGUGACAUUGCACGAUGCUGAAAUGUUAACAUCCCCCUUCCAAGGUCCACGCUACCCACAUGGCUUUGAUACAAGAUUAGUGGCGUGUGACAAUCGAGCAACAACUGCAGCUCACACUGAGGAAAGCAGCUGCCACCAACUCUUUCACACCAAACAAGGGAGACAACCAACAUGUGCGUGUCAAGGGAGAGAAUAAUAUCUUGGUGUAUCAAUUAACUUCCAUAAGGCGACUAAGGCAAAGCAGUGUUCCGUGACGGCGGCGAAAGGAGUGCGACGCGCUGGGAGGCACGCACACUAACCGAGCUGUCGUCAAGGUAAUAUUCAGAAUUAAACGUGAGAAGCGACGAGGCAGGAAUGAGCACCAAAGAAAGCCCUCACUGGUCCCAAACAAAGGACACGGACGCUAAGCAUGACAGAGAACACAACGACGCGGAAAACUGCCUGCUUCACUUUCCGGCGCAUGAUUACCACCGCGAACGCCUGGCAACGCAUGGACUGGCGCACACCUCCACGGAGCAGCAGUACAGGUGGCGCAGCGAGCAAGGCCUUACGCCAGCGCCGGUGAAUGCGUACAUGUGCAUCAGUGGUCCAGGGAGAGACUGUAGGUGAAUACCCGUCAUGCCACGGACCUAUGCUGUGCUGUGCUGUGCUGGGCUGUGCUGUGCUGUGCUGUGCUGGGCUGUGCUGCGCUGUGCCAAUGUUGUGCUGUGCUAGACCAGUUUCCGAGACCGACAGAAUGAGUUCCACGUGUAACAAGCGCGAAUACAUCCUAUAGUACCCUGAUGCUGAUUCACUACUAGACAUUAAGGCCAGUGACCGAGUACUUGACUAGCAUAAGGCCCACACUAUUACAAUUAUUAUUAUUAUUAUUAUUAUUAUUAUUAUUAUUAUUAUUAUUAUUAUAUACAUGUGAGGUUCAGGCUAUCAAAGGCAAGAGCUCAUAAGGUAAUAACAUUUCACAUAUAUAUUUUUGUGUCAAGUAGGCUGUAAAUAUCUAGGAGUAGAAGCGACGUGUUCUUGUACACAGAUCAACCUGGUGCUGCUAAUGACCUCCCGUAGCCGUGUGUGUUCCUGUGUCACGAGAUCACGCUGUGUCAAUGUUGUGUGUGUGUGUGUGUGUGUGUGUGUGUGUGUGUGUGUGUGUGUGUGUGUGUGUGUGUGUGUGUGUGUGUGUGUGUGUGUGUGUGUGUGUGUGUGUGUGUGUGUGUGUGUGUUCUAGCACCCAAAAGAUCGUUACAUCAAUAGGGUUUGCGAGAGAGAGAGAGAGAGAGAGAGAGAGAGAGAGAGAGAGAGAGAGAGAGAGAGAGAGAGAGAGAGAGAGAGAGAGAGAGAGAGAGAGAGAGAGUUCUAGCCACCUCACACACCUGUUCCUCGGUCAUCCUCCUCUGCAGGCAACCUUCACCAAUCCUGACGCUCCCUUUCUUUACGCUAACUUUUUUUUCCCCCGCAUAAAGUCAAGUUCUCCUCAGCUGUCGUCUUCCAUGGCUGUGUGACUGUCCAGCCGGCGCUCUCCGGAUCCGGCUGGGAGGCAGGAGCACCACUGGGCCGGAUUAACGAGAUCCGGAGUGAAGGGCAAACACACGAGAAGAAUUUACAGUGGUGCACCGAGUCACUGUGUGUGUGUGUGUGUGUGUGUGUGUGUGUGUGUGUGUGUGUGUGUGUGUGUGUGUGUGUGUGUGUGUGUGUGUGUGUGUGUGUGUGUGUGUGUGUCUUUGUUACCCCACACAUGCACAUACCAGUCAGGCAUCACAUAUUGUUCGGUUCCCAAUCCUGUUCCCCAUUACCCCCACCGCCCCCCCCCCAACCCCAAUCACGGUCAUGUCAUUGGAGAAAGCCCGCUUUGAGUAUAUAUUGGGGUAAUGUGCUGCAAAACGCCAGGCUUUCCCUCCUUCCGUCACUCCCUCCCCUCCACCUGCCCCUCACCUCCCGUCACGUUCCCGACAAGUCUUUCCGCGGCGCACUCACAUUCAUGGCGUUGAUUGCUCGUAAUUUUACAUGCAUUUUUUGACCGAUCCAAUUUGGGUGAUGUUUUGCACCGAACAGUCCGUGGUGUGUGUGUGUGUGUGUGUGUGUGUGUGUGUGUGUGUGUGUGUGUGUGUGUGUGUGUGUGUGUGUGUGUGUGUGUGUGUGUGUGUGUGUGUGUGUGUGCUCAUUACGUAUAUGCAAGUACAGUACAUUGACAUCACGUGAUCCCAGCUAGUAAUAACACUUAAUAUUAAUAAAGGUAAUAUCUGUAAUAGUGUACGUACUAGUAAGGUUACUUGACUAUAAUAGUGACCCUUCUCUUCCCCUUCGCCCGCUGGAGACGAGUGGGUGAGGCAGACCAGGAGGGGCAGAGGACCGCCACUCGCCGCGCCCCGCCGUCCUCACUGCACGGGAGGGACGGGAGCACCUCGCCUCGUGUCCUCGGUGGCUGGGAGGAAGUGUGGGAGGGAAGGAAGGAAGGAUGCGAAAGGACAAAAUCCAUGGAGAAAAAACAUUACCUAAUAAAAGUAGAGAAAGUAAGAGGGUUAAGAGAGGAGAACAGACAAGAAAAGGCUAAAGUUAAGGAAGAAAAGAGGAAAGGAGGGAAAAGAUACAAUAGUGUGUUAGAGUUACAGGAAAGUGAGGUUACGGAGAAACUGUUGAUAUGUGCUGAGGAUACGAUGGGCUGGUAAAAGGGAGAGCAAGGGAGAAAGACGUGGGGAAGAAAGAGCAAAGGAGAAUAAAAAUAAAAAUAAAUAAAUAAGGAAGUCAUAAGGAUAGAAAAAAGAAAGAGAGAAAUCAGUGGAGUAAUUGGAGAGGUAGAAGUAAAUAAGAAAAAAAACUGAGAAACAGGGAAAAAAAAACAUUUAAGAAGUGGAAAAGGUAAUUAAUAGAAGGAGAGAGUGAUUAAGAAGUCGUAAACAAAACAGAAAAUAUGUAGAAAACAGUAAAACAACAAAAGGAAGAGGGAAAGAAGUGAAGAGAUCAGAGGGAUUAGGAAAGAGGGAGAGGGAGAAAGGGCACGAGAGAGCACCAGAAUUACUGAAGACACGAGGCGCUUAGGGAAUUGUGGAGGGAAGGGAGGGAAGGGAGAGGGAAGGUGAGAGGGGAGGCGGCGGCAGCAGGCAGUGAGUGGCUCUCUGUUCCUCUCUCCGCUCAUCACAAUCACCACCACUAACCAAUAACAAUAACAAUAAAUCUGAUAUAUUUUCUGAUGUUGUGGUUAAACGUGCGUAAGACUCAUCCUUUGUCACCGAUUUACUACAUAAUAUACAUACAUACAUAUAUAUUACUAUUCAUAUAUAAUGCAUAUAGAAGUGUUUAAUAUCCUCUGUGUGUGUGUGUGUGUGUGUGUGUGUGUGUGUGUGUGUGUGUGUGUGUGUGUGUGUGUGUGUGUGUGUGUGUGUGUGUGUGUGUGUGUGUGUGUGUGUGUGUGUGUGUGUGUCAUAGUUAAGAUAAAUAUGUAUAAGUUCACACUAUCAUACUCAUAAGUUGUUUUUCCCCUCAUUCACUACCAUUAAUUACUGUACCGUAGAGGGGAGCAGGACAAGGCUAGGUACAAUAACAACAACAACUACUACUACUACUACUACUACUACUACUACUACUACCACCACCACUACUACUACUACCACCAUUACUAUUGCUGAUUCUGUGACCAUUACAACAAAGGCUCCUAAGAACAAUGCCACCAACACACACACAACACACACACACACACACACACACACACACACACACACACACACACACACACACACUAAUGGCUCCAGACAAUGAAUUUGAACAGAAGCAACCAAAGUCAUUGCCUGGUGGUACUUACACACACACUUACACACACACACACACACACACACACACACACACACACACACACACACACACAAACACACACACACACACAGUCUUCCAGCCUCACAGAUAGUGUUCCCUCCCUUGGCCGACUCUCCUUACCUGUCUUCGUAUCUCCUCCUCGAUCAUUCAUCACUAUCCACACAUCCCCGACACCGAUCGCUGGUUCGUUCAUUCAUUCAUUCAUUCAUUCAUUCAUUUACUACAUUCCUUCCUCGAACCCCCCUCCAACUUUCAUUUUCCCCCCCCUUUGUUCCUUUCAUCACCCCAAACUUGCUUCCUUUCAUUUAAACUUUCUCUCUUUUACUUUCCAUCCUUUCUUCCUUCCUUCCUCUGCGACUAUGAAGACAUCACACUUCGCUCCUCCCUCACCUCUUUCCUUCGCUCACCCACUUUCGGGAAUAUAAAGUUUCUUGCUGUAUAAAUUUUCACUUUCAUAGAUAUUUUUACACUCAAAGAUAAAAAUAAAAAUGCUGGUGACUUUGCAAAUAUAGAUAAGGUAAGGAGGAGGAGGAGGAGGAGGAGGAGGAGGAGGAGGAGGAGGAGGAGGAGGAGGAGGAGGAGGAGGAGGAGGAGGAGGAGGAGAAGGAGAAGGAGAAGAAGAAGAAGAAGAAGAAGAAGAAGAAGAAGAAGAAGAAGAAGAAGAAGAAGAAGAAGAAGAAGAAGAAGAAGAAGAAGAAAAGAAGAAGAAGCUGUAGUUAGAGAGAGAGAGAGAGAGAGAGAGAGAGAGAGAGAGAGAGAGAGAGAGAGAGAGAGAGAGAGAGAGAGAGAGAGAGAGAGAGAGAGAGAGAGAGAGAGAGAGAGAG